CGGAAAUGACAGGGACCGUUGGCAUCUAUGAAAGAAACCAACUCUCAAGAAGUGCAAGCGCCUGUUGAAGAUUGUUUUUCACGUGAUAAAAGUUCAAGUGAGUUGGCGUUUUUAGAUUUUUUGUCUACUGUUGACUUUCUUUCAUCCAAUACUACAACGUACUAUUGCUUGCUACGUGAAGCAGCUAUCCAAGAAAAUGGGUAAAAAGAACAAGCUACAGAAGCGGCAGCUCGCUUCGUCCAACAAAUCGGCGGGCGACGGGAGGAGCGCUGAACCGCAACGGAUAGAGGUUCAAAAGCAAAAAAAACAGCUCGUCAAGAAUGGAAGACAAGACAAAAUAGUUACCAAGGGACCAAGAUUAGCCGUCGAGAUCAAGGUGCAAGCGGAUGCCGGUCUACCUGGUGGUGAACGCAAAAACAAGAAGGGCAACCACCAGAUACCACCGUUAUACGAAGCUGGUGAUCUCAUUUUGACAGUGGGUGAUGGAGACUUGAGCUUUAGCGUCGCAUUAGCAAGAAGGUUAGGAGCCGGCAAUUUCUUUAUGCAACCGACCUUGUUUGACACUCGAAAGGAUGCAAUUCGGAAGUAUCCUGACACCCUCCAGCAAAAUGUAAAGCAGUUGCAGUCUGUCCAUAAGACGCAACCAGUGCAGUUCGGUAUAGAUGCGCGGUCGCUGCUGAGUUCCGGAGAUUCACGAUGGAGCGGACUCUUUUCUAAAGUCGUUUUCAAUUUUCCACAUUGCGGAGCCGAAGAUAGAGAUGGCAAUGAAGUCAUAGAACACGAACAGGCGAAGCCAAAUCAAAGCUCAAAACAUAACGAUACCAGUCACGGCCCAACUGGAAUCCUAGCCCGUGAAGGCAGUAGCGCCCGUGUGCACCAGGAUCUCCUGGUCUCUUUUUUGGCCGGCGCAGCCGAUUGUCUUGACCAGAGUGCAGAACGGUCAGAAAUUCAUAUCGCGGUUAGAAACGACACUAGUUUCUCGUCGAAUUCAAGUAAACAGUGGCGGGUUCCGAGUUUGGCGAAGCUAGUUUUAUGUCCUGCCACCGGAAAACCACGAUUGAAACUGGAUCGGACAGUGCCGUUUCAAAAGUUGCCUGGAUAUUGCCAUAGAAGAACAAACGGUCUGGCAUACGAAAAAGCAAAAGACUUUAACAGCGAGAACAUUCACAAGGAUGCGGUGGUGCAUGUCUUUACUCUGAAAAAAAAUCCACGCAAUUCUUCAGACAAAAAUGUUGAACCAUCUUCGUGAUCAACAAUCUUCUCCUGAAAUUUGGAUUUCCACCUCUGAGCCGCGUUGUUGAUUCUUGAUGGAGCUCACAAUAUUACUUAUAAUUCCUCAAUCGCUCCUCCCUGAACCUGUGAUAUAAGCAUUUCCUCUGAUUUCUCUUGUGCCCGACAGGUACAGGAGUGUAAAUCUAAGUACCCAAUUUUACCUCAGCCAAAGCGACAAAUGCUGGCUCCAGUCUAAUUCGAAAGCGCAGAAUAAGCAUGUGUCCCGUUUUUCCAAGACGAAGAUAAGGUAGUGUGUC